AUGGAAGCAGACUUCCACAUCCAGGACUUCUCGCACCUCACCGACGUUCUUGGCAGUCUGCAGAUGAUCAAGCGCUACAGUCUCAUCUCGCUUUUCUUCACGACGCCGGGUGACUCUUCGCCCGAGAGCAUCACAGAUGGUCUCAAUGACGCUUUGCGAAAGCUCGCGCAAGCGUUCCCUUACCUUGCCGGCCGUGUUGUGUAUGACGGCCGAGAUGAUGCCCACACCGGCAUCAGGAAAAUCGUGCCUCACGAGGGUGUGAUUCCGUUGCUUGUCAAGGACUUUUGCACCGAUGCAGAUGUUGCGAGUAUGGAAGACAUGGUCGCGGCACGCUUUCCGAUGCGCAUGCUCGAUCCACAGCGGAUCGUGCCACCUAUUGCCAUGACCUGGGCUACGGACAACUUCGACAAGUAUGCGCCUGUGCUCAUCUUGCAAGCAAACAUCAUCCGUGGAGGAUUGAUCUUGACCAUUGCCGGCAAUCAUGCCACGAUGGACAUGACUGGCCUUGGAAUCGUGAUCUCUUUCAUCGCCAAGGCCUGCGGCAGAGAGCCGUUCACCGACGAGGAGAUUGAAGAGGGUAACCAGGACCGUCGGAACGUUGUCCCUCUUCUGGAUGACUCCUAUCAGCCUGGUUCAGAACUGGACGACUCCCUCAUCAAGCCACCACCUCCGGAUGCGCCACCAAUGACCAUUCCCCCAGCUAAAUGGGUCUACCUCAACUUCCCCAGCAGCCCCCUGCCGAAGCUAAAGACCGCUGCCAGCGACCAAAGCGUAGUCCCCUACAUCUCCACCGAUGACGCCAUCUCCGCCCUGCUAUGGCAGCGCAUCACCCACGCGCGCGCCACCCUCCACCCUACCCUCCACCCCUUCGCCAGCCAGCUCUGCCGCACCGUCUCUCUGCGCUCCUUCCUCAAACUCAAAGGCUACAUCGGCCACCUCGUCGACUGCGUCUACGCGCGGCUGCCCGACGUCCACAAUCUCCCUCUGGGCGAGAUCGCCGGCCGCCUCCGCCUCCAGCUCCGCGACGAGGCCAAGAUCGUGCAGCACAUGCGCGCCUACGCCACGGCGCUGCAUCGCUUGGAUGACAAGACCCAGAUCGUCAAUGGCGCGCAGCUCAACCCCAAUGUGGAUGUCGUGGUCAGCAGCUACGCGAACUUGAAGUGCUCUGAGUUGGAUUUUGGGGCGGAGUUGGGGGGAAAUCCCGUCGCGGCGAGGCGGCCGCGCAUGGAUGCAUGGCCGAGCUUGCUGUAUAUCAUGCCGAGGGACCGGAAUGGGGAGACGGCCGUGGCGGUGUGUUUGCCUGAAGAGGAGCUCGAGGUGUUGAAGAGGGAUGAGGUGUUGGCGAAGUUUGCGGCGUUUACUGAAUAG